AUGUUCAUCAAAGAGGUAAGUUGAACAGCUAAAACAUAUAAAUAAUGUUAUUCAGAUAAAUAUCACAGGGUUCCGCUCUUACAAAGAACUUACUACCAUAAAAGACUUUUCUCCCAAGCACAAUGUUGUAGUUGGACGUAAUGGCAGUGGAAAGAGUAACUUCUUCUUUGCUAUUCAGUUUGUUUUGAGUAACGAGUUUAACAAUUUGAAUCAGGAACAAAGAAACAAUCUUCUCCAUGAGGGAACUGGUCAAAGAGCUCCGUAUGCUCGGGUUGAGAUUGUGUUUGACAAUACUCUGCGCCGGCUGCCAUCUGUAUGUUUUUCUUUUACGUAAUUUAUGUUUUUAGGAAAAUAAUGAAGUCAGAAUUGCCAGACAAGUUAGCACAAAGAAGGAUCAGUAUUUUAUUGACAACAAAACUGCAAAUCGGACUGAUGUAAGUUGUAUAUUUAUAUUUUACUAGAUACUUAAAUAGAUAUUUCUUAUGAAUUUAUUUAUAUUUCAGAUAAUGAACUUGUUGGAAUCCGCUGGUAUUUCUCGUUCUAAUCCUUAUUUUAUUGUUAAACAAGGUAAAGUUAUGGAGUUGGCUACUCAGACAGACGCUCAACGGUUGAAGUUGAUUCGUGAAGUUGCGGGUACCCGAGUAUUCGAUGAAAGAAAAGAACAAAGUGUAAAACUACUAAAAGAUACACAAGAAAAACUCGAAAAAUGUCAAAGCUUGUUAGGAUUGAUGGAAGAUCGUUUGAAGAAGUUGGAAGAAGAGAAAGAGGAUUUAAAGGAGUACCAAAAAUAUGACAAAAUGAAAAGGUAACUAUUCAUUGUUGUUUUAUUUUCAGUUGUAAUAUUUGAUUGCUGCCUUUUACAUCUUGUGAAAAUUUAUUGUAAAUUUUAUUUCCAGAGCGAUUGAGUAUACUAUUAAUGAUCUGGAAAGUAAUGAAUGUCGUUUGAAAUCUGACAAACUGGCUGCAAAAAGAGAAGAUAUGAAUUCUAAACAAAAUAGUAUUGAAACUGAGAUGAUGGCUGUUCAACAAUCCAUUCUCAACACUCAGUCUUUGAUAAAGCGUUUGGAAAGUCAAUUUAAAGGUGUCAAGGACCAGAGAGAUGCUUUAAUGUCGGAACAACAAGAUUUACUCACUAAAAAGGCCAGAUUGGAGUUGACGAUCAAGGAUUUACAGGAAGAGAUUGACAGAGAACGGAACGGUCGAAACACUUCUGAACAAGAUUUAAAGAAGUUGAAAUCGGAGAUUCAAAAGAAGCAAGACGAAUUAGAAUUGUUGGAGCCAGAAUACAAGACAUUGGUUGAGGAAGAAACGAGAUUGAUGACUGACAUUAAGAUCAACGAACAAAAAGUGUCAGAACUGAACGCUAAAUUGGGUCAGAAGGACGUGUUUCAAAGUGCGGCCGAAAGAGACAAGUUUCUGAAGACUGACAUCAACAAAAAUGAAACACAAAUUAACUUGAUCAAUGAGCAAGUGAAGAAUAUCAUGGAAGCGUUGGAAGAAGACGAAGUUGAGGUUAAUGCUUUGAAUGAAAUGGCAUUGGUAAGUUAUUAUACAAUAGUUUUUUAUUUUUAACAUGUGAUUUAAAGAUAUUUAUGAUUACAAUAUAAAUAUGAUAGGAUAAGGACACGGUCUAUUUAGGUUAAAUAUAAAUUAAUUUUAGGCUUGCGAACGAGAACUUCGAGAAAAGUUAUCAGAGAUCGAAAGAGUUAGUCAACAGUUGGCAGAGAAAAGGCGAGCUGUUGAUAGAUUAAGUGGCCGGCUGAAAGAUGCCCAAUUCCAUGAGAAUGCAGCCAUUGAUGAACUUACUCAAGCUCAGAAGGAUAUUGAGAACAGCGAAGAUGUGCUGAUGUCAUUAGCCCCUAAGAACAUGCAAAAUGGAAUCAGGAGUAUCAAUUUGGUCCUUAAAUGGAUGUCUGAAAACAAUCACGAUGGGCGUUUCACAGAGGUCUUGGAUGGGUAUUACGGUAUGUUAAUUUUUUAACAGGCGUAAAGUUUUUGUAGUUUUUAUUCAUAUUUUUAGGUAACUUUAGGCGUUUUACAUUAACUUAAUAUAAACACGUUUCAGGGAAAGUGCUGGAUCACGUAGAGACAGACCCUGUAUAUUUUUUGGCUGCCGAUGUGACUGCUCAAAACAGGUUGUUCCAUCAUAUUGUGAAGAACGACCGAGUAGCCAUGAAGAUCUUGGACCAGCUGAACAGUCGCGAGCUUCCAGGAACUUUUGAGUUUAUGCCUCUGAAUAGAUUGAUCAAAAAACAAAACCGAGAAGCUCAGACUGGAGAAGCUACCUCCCUACUCAAUGUUUUGAGAUAUCCCGAAGAAUACGAUCCGGUUUAUCGUCAGAUCUUCGCCUCGAUUGCUGUAGUUCGAGAUCUACAGGCAGGAGCUCGAAUCUCAAGAAGUUUUCAGAUGAACUGUGUCACUAUUAAUGGUAUGUUAGUAUUUAUUGUUGUAUUAUUUGAUUUUAGGUGAACAAGUCGACAGAAGAGGACCGAUGACUGGGGGUUAUCUGGAUAGAAAACGGUCAAAAAUGGAAGCGGCUUCUGGAUUGCGGGAGAAUCGAAAAGUAUUCGAAGUAGCAGAGGUAUGGUUACAUUGCGACAGUAUUCAUUUUAUUUGGUCGAUUACUUUCACAUAAAUUUGCCUUUUUUAGGAAAAAGUGAAAACAAAGCAUCAAGAAGCACGACUGGUGUUGGAAGAGUACGAAAAACUGAAUGUGGAGUACAACACUUUGGACGAACAAUUGAAACAACUGAAAAGCGAACAUCAAACUGUCAAUGAAAAGAAGUACAACAUCUCUGAGCAGAUCAACAAAAAAUCGAUGGGCAGAGAACCUAAGACAGCUCAGAUUGUGCAGUUGAAGGAACGUGUCAGAAGAAUGGAGGCUAGGAAAGAAAUGUUAGCUAAACAACUGGGAACGGCAUUGGAAAGUCAGCUCACAAGUGAAGAACGUAGCGAAAUGAAUGCUCUUCAGGUAAUCAUGUUUGUUUUUAAAAUUUUUGUGUAGUCGUUUAGUUGUAAAUAUGCUCCUUUAACACAUUUCAUAUCAUUUUAAAUUGUUACCUAAAAUUUUACAGGAAGACAUUAAAAAGAUGAGAAAAGAAUUGUCAGGCAUUGCCAAGAAACGUUCAGAAAAGGAAAAUCGAAAGCAUCAGCUAGAGAAUCAGCUCCGAACGAAUCUGAUCAGAAGACGUGACGAUAUUGAGAGCAAGAUCCAAGACAUUAGUAUCGAGGAAAAGAGGUAUCGUUUGAAUGCUGAGAAUGCCCAAGUUAAACAGUUGAACGAGCGUUUGAAUGAAAUCAUGAAGAGGAUCAACGGUAUGUUAUUGUUGAGGGAUGCUGCUUCAUAGUUGAAUUUAUAUUUUAAUACUUGUUCUAUGUAUUACCUAUUUUAGAACUGAACGAAACAUUUUCUGAUUACAAUAAAGAUAAAGAUGGAUACGAGAAGGAAUUGGAGGAGAACCUGGAGAAAAAGAAUAAAUUUGACAGUCAAAUUGAGGCCAUCGCAAAACAAACGGACACUUACUGUACAAAGAUUGCUGAUUAUCAAGCUAAAAGAGAAGAGUUUAUGAAGAAGGUAGGGUUUAACAUUUUGAAUAAAAAAUGUGUCCUUUAUUUAAGAUGAUUUACGUAUUUACAUAGUGUAUAUUUACUUCAACUUUCAUAUUUUUAGAUGAAUGAGAUUGGUAUUGUUUCUGCUGAUGCAUUAGGAAAGUAUAGAAAUUGUUCGUUGAAAGAGCUUGACAAGAAACUUACUCAAUGUAUGACAGAACUGAAAAAGUACCAGAAUGUAAACAAAAAAGCGUUGGAUCAAUUUGUUCGUGCUAGCAACCAGAAGGAUAGCUUGACCAAGAGUUUGGAGGAAUUGGCUAAAAAUGAAGAGGUAAGCAGAAGUUUAACUAAAUGUGACUGGAAUAUUAAUUGUUAUGUUAUAUCUGGAGUUUCAGUCGAUUAACAACUUGAUUACAACACUGAACAGCCGGAAACAGGAAACUCUAACGCUCACGUUCAGACAGAUCUCAAGGAACUUUAAAGAAGUAUUCCACCAGCUGAUUCCAGAUGGAAGCGCCCAACUGAUUAUUCAGAAAAAUGACGUAAGAACAACUGUUUACUGUAGCAAAAUUUAUUGUAUAAGUUCAGAAUUUUUAUUGGUUUUUUAGGCAGCAGAAUCACAGAGUUCCCAAUCUCAAGAAGAAAACGAGGAAGACUUUGUUGGUGUCAGUAUGAGGGUGUGCUUCACCGGAGCUGAAGAGACAAAGGAAAUGAACCAUCUGUCUGGAGGACAGAAGAGUUUGGUAGCGUUGGCCCUGAUCUUCUCGAUUCAGAAGUGCGACCCGGCUCCGUUCUACUUGUUCGAUGAAGUCGAUGCUGCUCUGGACAGACAACAUCGACAGUCCGUGGCUACCAUGAUACACGAACUGUCAGAGAAUGCUCAGUUCAUCACAACUACCUUCAGACCUGAACUUCUGGAGCACGCCGAAAACUUUUACGGAGUCAGAUUCCGAAACAAGGUAUCGUACAUUGACCCGACCACAAAAGAAGAAGCAUAUGACUUUGUAACCGAUGAAAAUACCUACAAUUGAUUGUAAUUUAUACACGUUGCCACUACUAACUUUGUAAUUUUAAUCAUGUUUCUAUCGUUUGAUCUCACCGUUAAGAUAAUCAAUGUUAUUUAUAUAGAAUAAAAUAUUUACGGUUUACUUUGGGAUUCAUUCAAAGUGUAAGUAUAACGAAUCAUGAGAUAUUUCGAUAACAAAUUGGGUUAUAUCUUGAUUACGUAUAGUUUAAAUGAUUUUCAGUUGAGUAUGAUUACCAGGAAGAUCUUGAGAAAUGUCGGAUUUCGAUCUUUACGGCGUUAUUCCUCAGCACAAGAAGCGGAAAAUAAGGACAACAGAUCGUUAUUGUUAAAGAAGUUUAUCAAAGAUAAAAUUAAGGUUUCUGGGCCAAUUACCGUACACGAAUAUAUGAAGUUGGCUAGCGGUUCAGCUGCUGGAUUUUACACCAAAAAGGUAUGUUUUAAAAAUAACUUUCUUUAAAUAUGUCUUACUACAUCACAGAGGCUUCAUAUCGUUGUAUUUUACAGGCAGAUAUUUUUGGUGCUUCGGGUGACUUCAUAACCGCUCCGGAAAUUAGCCAAAUGUUUGGCGAAUUGAUUGGAAUCUGGAUCUACAACGAGUUGUGGAACAGUGGGGAGCGAGGCGACUGGCAACUAGUUGAACUUGGUCCUGGGACUGGAGCUUUGAUGAGUGACGUGCUACGGACGUUAAAUGUUCUUAAGGUCGGCAAAGUUGAUAUUGUUCACGUAUGUAUUCAAAUUGGGUCGUAUUUUCUCAUUUUAAUGAAGCAAUAUCCAUCUGUGUUUUAACAUUUGCAUUGAAUAUUGCCUUUCAGACUGAAAGGCUGACGAUACGCUUGGUCGAGGUCUCUGACCACCUAAUAGACCAACAAGAACUACGACUUUGUGGCCGAGUAUCGAAACCAAUUCCAGAUUCUGAAAUUGUUCGUAAAAAUAAGACUAAAGAAGGGAUCCCCAUCUACUGGCACCGUGAACUUAACGAUGUGCCAAAACAGCAGUUUUCUGUUUUUGUAGGUAACGAGUUUCUGGAUGUUCUCCCAGUUCAUUUGUUUGAGAAGCUGAACAACGAUUGGAGAGAAGUACAAGUCACGUUGAACGACGAAGAAGACUUGUGUUUGAUGUUGUCAAGGUCAGAGAACAUUCACUCCAAAGGUUUGAUACCCGAAUGGAUAAGAGAUGACCCUACCAGAGAUAAGUGGGAGUUAAAUCCUGACGCCGGGCGUAAUGUCACGGAAAUCGCUCAAAGGUACGGUUUUUCAACAAUAUUCUAAUCUUUGAUUAGCGUAUCUUCUUUAAUUAUGAUGCGAGGUGGAAUUAAAAACAGCAAACAAUUUAGACUCUUGUUAAUAAACGUCUUUAGGAUAACAGAAUUUGGAGGCUUCGGCCUAUUCAUUGACUAUGGUCAUGAUGGAGGUCGACGCACUCGUUCUCUACGUGCUUACCACAAACACAAGAUAGUCGACGUUCUGUCUAGUCCAGGACUGAUGGACCUGACAGCUGACGUUGACUUCGGAUACCUACGAAAGAUAUUGGAAGGAAUUUGCUUAACAUAUGGGCCUACUACACAACGGUAAGACUGGUUAAAAUUAGUUUGGUUCAAACACUAGUAUGUUAAUAAGGUUUUUACUACAUAAAAGCAAUGAUGACAUUCGAUAAAUUCUGGGUGGUAAAGACUUCUUUUAGAGAGUUCUUGGUGCAAAUGGGUAUCAGGCUGCGAACAGAAAGGCUCCUACAAAGCUGUAAAGAUGAAAAAAUUCAACAUCAACUGAAAGCCGGCUACAAGGCUUUAGUAGACGAUUCAGAAGACGGAAUGGGAGUCAAGUUCCACAUGUUUUCAAUGUUCCCUAACACACUAAAACCGAUAUUAGACAUGAGAGGUGGAUUCCCUGCAGGGUUUUUUCCAAAUCUAGAAGAAGUUACCGAAGAUCUAGACGAAUUAGACAAGAAGUUGUGA